GGAAGAGUCCAUUUCCUCCUCGGAGUGGGAAAGCCAGGUUGACUGUACCGACUGCGAACAGCUCCCACUUUCACUAUUGUAUUAUCUACUGGUAAAUGUAGCCGACCACACCCCUUUCUCUUUCACUGCACCUCUGGAUGGAACUUAAACCUUCAUUGUACAAUAGGGGGUUAUGCAAUCGGUGUAUGCUCAAGGGAUGAACUGUGUGAAGUGUUUUGUGCCAUGGAAAACCAUAUUUAAUACAGUCGGCUACGAAUUCUAUAUGAUUGGAAAACCAAUCCCCCCAAAAAUCUAAUCUACAUUUUAGUGUCCACUUUUUCUGCAGAAAUGUUAUUUUGUAUUUUCUUCAGUCGGCAAAUCGUGGUCUGUCUGCACUAUGUCCAAACUGUUCAAAGCACAUGCAGUCAGCAUUCAUGCACAGUGGGUUGACCUGUAUGUAAGCAAGUCUUUGUUUGCACACUGGUGCUGCUUGCUCAACUCAGUUGAAUCAAUGGGUCAUUGUACACUACACGUUAUCUACAUUGAUCACAGUGAAACACUUCCUUGUUGACUGUUGGUAGCAGUGGGGUCUCUGUGCAUUGUGUGGUCUUAUAUACAUUGUUCUGCAUGAGCCAACUGUCACAUCAGAAUUUCGUAAGGAUUCUUAGUCUGCUUAGUCGGGCAUGUGUAAGUUGCAGGGACCCACUUCCUACAGAGAAUUGUGACUGGAGGUUGCAGAUGCCUAUAGGAUUGAGUGACCCUACACAAAAAAAAUACCAACAGGAAGUUCAUGAGUUAUCCUUGAUCAGACUUAAAAAUGUUACUCUGCGUCAUGCAGGAUUGAAAAGCAGGAAAGAGAAAAAAAAAGCAAACCACUACUGAUACAAGGCUGUAAAGAGUUAGCCUCCAUCUCCAGCCAUCAGUUUGGUAGUUUGCAGUGAACAUGGCAGAGCAUGUAGAGAGUCAAGCCAAGACACGUGCUGCAUCCAGGCGUGUCAAGCCAGCCAUGGCACUCCUGCUGAAGGAACAGAGGCGUGAAUCUCAGGAAGUUGUUACUCGCUUCAGCAACAUCAAUUUGGUCUCAGAGUCUGAUGGGAACUUCUUUGAGAAUUUCUCGCAGUUGCCGAAAAAGCAAGAGAGCUUGCAUUUCAGAAAAGCUGCCCAUGGUUUGCAGGCACAUGUACCUGAGCAGACGGAAGACGAUGUCCUCGCCAGUAGGAUUGACCACCCAUGCAAGGACAUUCCCCAGCUCAGCAAAAAAGAGGUUGUGGAUCUCUACCGCAAUAUCUUAUCAGUGAUCCAUUUCCGUCUGGGCGCUGUGGGCCAGUCCUUCCCUGCUGACCAGGAGUUGUAUGGUUACCUAAACGACAUAUUCAAGGCUUGUGUGUCUAUAAGUGAGCAUAACAGCAUGGUAUUGACGAUCACCAAGGGAGCGCCCCCAGACACUAUUCUACUAGUGACUGUCCAAGAAGCCAGAGAUCUUGUUGGUAAAGAUGUCAGCGGACUGAGCGAUCCAUUCUGUGUGAUGGGCAUCCUGCCGACGGGAGAAUCCAAGAAGCCUUUUGUCACCCAUUCCAGAGGGUCGCAGGGCACUUGCUCUGCCCAUUCCCAGCAUCACGGGCAUAAAGGCGGCCACAGCUGCCCAGAUCUCCAGUCCACGAGCAUUGUCAAAGAGCAACUGAACCCCAAGUGGAAUGAGAACUUUCGCUUUGUUCUAGAAUGUGAUGUUCAUACAGCGUGGUUUCAUAUUGAUGUUUGGGACCAUGAUGAGGAAACUACUGUCAUGGAAGUGGUGAAGAAGUCAGGAGAUAUUCAGAAUGUCAAAGGAGUAAAAAGAUUGUUGAAGGAGGUGAUCCAAUCAACGAGGCUCGGCGGGAGCAACCCAGAUGAUUUCCUGGGAUACGUCAACAUCAAACUGGAUACUAUUCCUAGCUGGGGCUGGAGCGCUUGGUUCUCACUGAAGAGCAAGUCAAGUCGGUCAAAGUCGAAAAGUGGAGAAAUCUACCUCAAGCUCAAAAUGUCUCUACAGCGUGCCAAUCAGUCAUACCAGGUGCUGAGUCCAACUAUGGUCCAUCGGGUGCUGUGGUUUUACAUUGUUCAUCACGAGGUAGCCAAGCUGGACCAGCUAGGAGCGUGGGACGGCGAGCUACCGGCCAAAGCCAAGACCAUCCUGCAACAGCAUGCCGUGCAGUACGAGAUUUCUGACUUGCAUCAGGCCCUGUGUCGAUGGCUAGCAUACAGUCAAGAGUGCACCAUGUGCGUCAUUGACUUCAGGUCAUUCUACACAUACGGGGAGACUCUCAAAAAGUCAUGGAAGCCCUACGCCCUGUCUGCAGACGAGGAGCAGUAUCUCCAGAGCUCCUUCCAUGGUUUUAUCACCUACGCACUGUACAUGCUACGCCGGCAGCAGGACAUGUUCCCACCCACAAACAAGCCAGCUCUCCGAAGGCUGCGGUACCUGCUACUAUGUCUUUCACAGAUCAAUGAUAUGGAAUUUGCCGAGCGGAACAUGCUGUUUCAACCCAACUGUCAGGCCAUCAUCCUCGAUGCCAUCAAGGACGAUAUCAGGAAUUGGUAUUGCAAGAAGCAUUUGGAGAUGGUAGAAUCCAAGCCGGAGACGGAGAAGGUGGCCUCGCUGGCCGGCCUGACCAAUGCUAUCAACGGUCAAGCCCAACGACUCCUGCAGUUUGUCCACAGCACCUACCAGACUGUCUUUGAGAUCCCUUACUUUACCAUUGUCUACCAGGAGAUUGCCCAGAAACUGAUGGCCGACGUGUCUCAGUGCCUGACCAGCUGUGUCUCCGGCCACGGCUUGGACGACGUAGAGGGGGAGGAGUACAGCGAGCGGAGCACUGCCCUCUUUGAGCUCUACCUGGCCCUCAGGGACUUCGUGGGCUUUGCAGAGCACCUCAGCGAGGGGGACCAGGCAGACCUCGAGAUCAAAGAGUACCACAAGUUCUUCAAGAAAGCCGUGGAGAAGUGGCUGAAUGUCGCCCGGAAGAGAGCCCAGGAGAGGAUCCAAAAAGCUGUGGAACUAGACCAGGUUGCAUUGGUCGAUACCAUGGUGAAGCACAGCACAUCGGCAGUAGAUGUGGCCACAUGCUUUGCCCAGAUUCGUGAGUUUUGGCAGAAACUGGAUUGGCCAGACACGGUUGGGAGCUACGUCUUUGUGGCCAAAGUUACUGAUGAUAUUUGUCAUGGUGCUGUCAGCUACGCCAACAUCAUUCAUGACAAGCUGAGACAGAAGGGUUACUAUGACGAUGAGGGUCAAUUCGACAUCACAGACCAGCUGUGCAUCGCCAUCAACAACAUCGAGCAAGUGCGGCGCUCACUGGCCAUCAUGCCGAAGUCACUGGGCUGGCAACGCAUCCAGGUCUCCAUGGAGACAGAGUACGGCGAGAUGGCCGGCCGCCAGUGCCAGGACACCCUGCAUACCAUGAUGACCAGCGCAGAUGAGGACAUGGUCAACGUGAUUGAACAUGUGGUGCAACGGGUCGGUGAGAGGAUGCGGCCUGACUUCCGGCGGUUCCUGAGGGCGCUGCUCGACGCACAUAUCCACUCCUCCAUCGAUGAUGCUAUAGACCCCUUGAUGGAGUACCUCGACACCAACAUGAUCACCUUGCACAACUGCCUCCUUAAGUCCAACUUUGACAGAAUUCUUCAAGACAUUUGGAUUGUCUUAGUGGAUGAGUUGGGUAAAAUCAUCAGUUCCAAGAACAAGGUUCUGCAAGGGAAGCCACUGCUGUUCUGUAGAAUAAAUGAAACUCUUGAAAUCUUGAGUGACUUCUUCUAUGCUGAUGAAAAGGGUUUACCGCUGGCCACACUACACAACAGGAAGUACAUAGAGAUGAAGAGCUUCGCAGAGAGCAACAUGGCCGACACAUACGAGCUGAUAGAGGCAUUCCAUGCGGAGAAACUCCAAGCAGUUGAAGAGAGCACUCAGAGUGGCAAGGAGAGUGAACUGGGAAUGUUGACUGUCAAAUGCUACUACAACGACAUCACCAAGUAUUUGUGCGUCAUGCUGGUGAAUGCCAGGAACAUCCAGCCCAAGGACAAAUCAGGCACCAGUGACCCUUACGUCGUCCUGGAGUUGCAGCCUUCCUUUGUGUUCCCCAAAAGCGUUCCACAGAAGAGCAAAGUCAUCAAGGAAACUGUCCAUCCACUUUUUGAUGAAGCCUUCGAAUUCCCUGUCACCAAAGACCAGUGCACACACCGUGGGGCCUGCCUGCACUUCAUCAUGUACGACUAUGACGUCAUCACGGCAGACGACUUUGAGGGGGAGACCUUCCUGGCCUUGGAUGACAUCCCCGGCAUCAGGAAGGGUUUCGACAGCAGCUAUGCCGCUCUCAACUCUGUCCCUUUGCCCCUCAUGCGACCGGAGGACAACAUAGACAAUGCCCCUUUUCUUCUGAGCACCUUGAAACAGCGCACGACGGACCGGGUGGCUCAGGAGUUUGCCAAGAAGCGAGGGCAGCUUCUCAAGAGGGCUAAGGUGGCCCCCUGAUGAUGCAGAGACUGCUUCAUGAAGCAUGUUACAAUCGGCCAGAAGGAUGAGCCACCCCGGGCCAGGCUGGCCACCUGUGGCUACUUACGACGAAUUAUGGCUACACAUUUACAGUUUACUGCUCGUUUACUGUGCAUCUCACCAUUCCAUUUUGCCCAUGUGUUCAGUUGGGAUGUGUCCUCCAUGAUUCCUGUCUAUCGGUAGCAAAUAUUCACCAUGGUUGCAUAUUCAUUGUAGGCUAUUUUCCAUUUUGACACCUGUCCGCAAGUGGCCACGUAUUCCUUGAGGUCACAUAUAUGACUUUGGCUUAUGUUACAAAUAGGACACAGUAAAACUGUCUUUUUCUGUAUAUUUCAGUGUGCCUGGUGUCCGAGACUAACUUCCCCUGAGAGACAUUAGAGGCAAUAUCUGUGGGGCCAUCCAGAUCGCAUACACAUGGUACAUGCAUGGUAUGUGCAUGGUAUGCACGCUUUUUACUCCUCUUUGACCAAUAGGAUGUUGAGACUUGCCAAACGUAAGAUGUUGGUGAGUGCGAUGGCCCAGCAGGAACGGCAUCUCCCAGAAUUUGUCUGUGCCUGCUUUCAUUAUCGUCUCCCCUUCAUCCAGUAGCCUGGCCACUACGGCUGGAAGCCAUUUGUUUUUAUCACCUGGCCAUCUGUAGAAGUUGGCUGGUCUGUAAAUUGAUGCCAAAAUCCUUUGCUUGACGUGUGCUAUGAUGUAGAGUGCCUUUUGAAAUUUGCCAUUUUGUAUUGUACUUUCUUUGUGUAGUGUAAGACGGUGUCGUGGGUUUUACCUGAUUACAAACCAGAAUUCCAGAAAACUGCCUUGAAAGUUGACAAAUUUCAGUGGAAAACAUACGCUUUCUACAAUGUCUUCUUGGCUAAUGUGGGCUUGAUUGAAAUGAUUUGAAUAUAAUUAAUCAAAUAUGCAGAUAUCCAGAUUAAUUUGUUUGUGCAAAAAAUAAAGGAAGUUAUAUACAUUAUGAAUUUAUAUACAUUAUACACUUAUAUGAAUUGGAAGGUAGAGUUUGAUGUUUAACAAGAUAUUUUGACGUGUUUUCCGGCUCAUCAUGAGUUUCGUAGAGUUUUUUAUUACAGCCCUGAAAAUUUGCCACACUUUUGCACAAUUAAAAGCCUUUUCUUAAAAGUUUUAAGCCGUGGAUUUCUGAAUAACACAUGGUCAUGAAAAAAUUAAUGUUAACAUUAUCUUUUCAGGUUACAAUGAUCACUUGUAAUAAUCACUGUGUUUCAGUCAAGGACUGGCCUCCUUUGUAGGGGGGUAAGAUUUUUUUUCUGGUUGUAUCAUGCCAAGGAAACCAGAGAUAAACAUUGGCUGGGCCAGCCGAAUUAGCUCGGUAGAUUUUGUGCUUCACUGCUUCAACAAACACUCAAUUUAUAUUAAUUUGAUUCCACACGGUAUGUCACUGUGUUGCUCAAAACAAGAAAUUAAUUAUCCACCUGCCAAGAAGAGUUUUGAAAAGUCAGCAAGUUAAAACUUUGUUGUGUGGCUGUGUGUACUGGUCAUCAUUACAACGUGGCUACAAACUGAAGGCCUGUCUUCUGCAGAUUGUCAUUUGAACAGGGUAUUGAAGGAGAAUUUAGAAUUAUCUAGAACUAUUUAGAACUAUUUUGUAUUUGUCAAAGUUCUAUACUGUUUAUGUUUUUAUUGCGUAUUUGAAGUUCAGUGCGUGCAGUUUUUCAUGACUUUACUGUGUGAUUUCAUGACAUAAUUUUAUUCCUUUUCUGAUUUUGAUCUGCAGGUUUGUUUUUUGUUUUGUCUUUUUUUUUCAAAAUGAAGAAGACAAUGUGUACAUGUCAGCCUUUUCCUUAUAAUGUGUGGUCUGAAAGGAACAAAAUGCGCCACCCCACGUAAAGGGGACAUGAUUUUAUUAUGAAGCACAUCACACAAAGAAUGGCUCAUUUAGGUGCGAAGAGGAUGUCACCAGGGCAUAGUUUGUAUGUGCAUUCCCGUUCACGUGCUCGGGUAGACUCGCGUGGAUCCCAAUAACACACUUGAGUGCGGUCUAGAUUGAUUUCAAUAUAAGAAAUAACUCGCGGGAUCGGCCGUGGUCAAUUUACCUGGCUGUCCCUGCAAUUACGCACGAGUCUAUGGUAGUGGCCUCAGCCAGUUCCCACGGAGUCGUGUGUAAUUUCCUGUCAUAGCCAAGUUGCCCUUGUGCCGACACAGAGAGGAUAUUUUUUCUUUUUCUUAUAGUUUUUCAGAGUUGUCUUGGUGCUGAUAUAGGGGAUAUUAUACAGAUUUUGUUUUAACAAGUGGCCAUUUGAUUUUAGCAUUCGUAAAGAAUGUUUUCAUAUAGAAUAGUGUAUGUUUAUUUUGUUGUUUUAUAUUUUAAAAAAUUUUGCAAACAAUCCAGAUUGUAAAUUUAAUAGAUCAAGAAUGUUGAACAGAUUGAGGAGUGAUCAUUGUGGUCAUAAAAAUAAUUACGUACCGGUACUUUGUA